AUGUUCAGGACACUGUAUCUCGAUAUCCUGUUUUUCAACGAGUUGGGCCAACGGGAGCCAGUGCAAGCCCAAAGGACUCGGAGCGGGCAAGUGAUGGAAGGCUGCCCCAUCCAGCUUGCACGGAAGCAAGUCUCUACCACGCCGCAUUCCCUCUCCUUGCUGCCUUCAAUGACACACGAACUGCGCCACUAUGAGCAACUCCAGACGCUGGAAGGAAUCAACAAAGUCAUAAAUAACGUGAAAAAAACCUCGAAGGCCCACAUCUCACGCGAAGUUGGGCGCUGGGGAUUCACCGGAAGGUCAAAGGAAGAUUUAAUAAAAUCACUAGAAGAGCUCCGAAAAGAGUUCGUCGUUCCGAGCCCUCCGGUAAAUAGAGAAGAUGAACCUCAUUCCUCCACUCACGCUCCCAUCGAGCUGCGGGACAAGCCUGAUUCCUCAUCUGCGAACUUCCGAGAAAAUGGGGACCCCGUCGCCGCACCUGAAGACGAACGAGACGGGCCCCUCCCUGACCACACUAUAUUUCAAUAUAUUUCGUUUCCUGUUGACGGUAUGAGUGCUACUCGGCAACCCAGUAAGCAUCGACUUGGAGCUCAGCCUUCUUCCGAAGAUUUGCCUAUACUUCCAGCCGUCGAAAAUGGGGACAUUGUCGCCGUACCCGAAGACAUCCAAGAGAAGACUUCUCCUGGACGAAUGGUCGAAGAGGUGACUGACGCAUCUGGGGACAUGGAUAUAGAUCCACCGCUGACUGCCCAGGGAAGCGUUGGGUCCGCCUACCCAGAUCUGGUGCACAACUUGGACCACACACAGGAGGCGGAAAAUAUCAUCCAUACCGUCCUCACUCCUGAUGCCCUCGGCCCUGACAUGGAUCUUGACGUUGAUGCUGAUAACGAACCACCGAUUUCCUCCAAUCCUGGCGCUGCGUGCUCCCAGCCCAGUAUCCGCCGUGGCCAUCCCCGAAGAGGGAGACCGGUGAAUACCUCCAUAGCCCAACCCACUCCGUCCGAUGAUGGAAACGUUCUCGGGGUCCCCACGAACGUAGAGUUCGUCGAUGAGGCGGGUCGUAUAAUUAGCAUGGACCUGAACCGCGCCCAAGUUACCCGUGAGGACAUUGUAGGGAAUAAGCAUGCCUUGGAGAAAGGGCGGGACAUAGCUCUUGCAGUUCUACAGACAAAGGGGCCAAAAAUCUGCGAGACCCGUUGUCUCAAAUGCAUAACGAGCGGAAAAGGCCGGAAGAAGGAGAACGGCAAUUUCGACUCUUUCGCUAACGACAUUGACACCCUCCAGUGUGGAUGCGGUGCGGAUGCAGCGUUGAUGCACCUUUGGCUAAGAAAGCAAGCUUUAACAGCCUCCUCAAGCCGAAGACGCCCUCUCCCUGACUGGGAUACGAAGUGGACGUUUACACACAACGGCCUCCCCUACGUCCAGCACGCCAUCGAGUCGACUUCCGGGCUGACUACCAAUGACUUAUUUGAACCCAAGCAGAAACAACUUGUUACCACGGCGGACUGGGUCAUGAACAACCUUAAGGAGGAGGGUCAUCUUGGAGAAGAUGCCAGAGGUAUUCUGAGACGUGUCAGGGAUAAUCUCACGUCCCUGCUUUCUCGAAUUGACGGACGACGUCCUCCAAAACCCCACCGUAUCAUCACCUGCAUCACCUGCUCCCUGAAGCAUCCCUUGACGCGCGAAGGAUGGGACGCUGAAGCACUCUCGACCAUGAUAACAUCCGGCUCAAUAUUGGACUACACGUCGACGUGCACCUUUGUCAGCACAUUCACCCUCAUCGCUUUCACUCACGCGGCCCUUCUUCGACUUCUUCCCUCACCUUCUGAAUUUCUCGAAGGAGAUUACCCUGUUCGGCUCGCGAUCGGCAAUGGCGAUAAGGCUAACUGUCAGUCGAGGGGUAUCAACGCCCUCGCCGACACCAUCUGCCUCGUACCAUCCUUAUUCGUCACUCUUGUCGCUGCUGGCUCGACCUGCUCGCUUUCUGGUCCGAUAAUAACCCUCGAACGCGAGCCCGGGAAAUUAGGUCAAGGUGACCUGGACGCGCACCGUAUUUUGGGAGGUCGUCAGGCGCUUGGGGUGUCGUCCUCCGCGCCUACUGCGUCGCUCGUCGUCUUCCUGACCCACGGCACGUCGACAGUGUCUGGCUCAAGCCUCAUUGUACGGCCGAGCGAUCAUCGCCGCUUGUCGUCGCUCUUCUUCGAGUUAGGGAGACCAGGAAGACGGGGAGGAGGACUCGAAGUGCGGGGCUCAAAGAGUAAAAAGAGAACGUGGGGGUUCUUUCGCCUCCCGACUAUGGGUGGUGCCCUCGCUCUCGGGGUAAACGUCAAGAUGGUUACUGGUGACCAGUUCGCUAUGCCGAAGGAGACUAUUGUUCGCACACCGAUCUCCCCACCGUUGUCCACGCUGUUCGCAGUCCUCGUCUCAUCCUCCAACUGGUAUCGUGUCGUCCUCGAUGAAGUUCAAAAUAUGCGCAGUUGGGCAUUGUCUGGCGCGUUGCUCGAUCGCUCGUUAGAAAGCUAUCUGGAUCUUCCUCGCGCUGAUGAUCCGACUGAGAGGAUCACACAUAAGGAGGAUAAAUGUCCAUUCGUACAGGCCCCGACUUCAGCGCGAAAAGGUCAUAUUCCAGACAAGGGCAAGGACAAAGGCAAAGGCAUCUCGAAGAGGAAGAAGAAGCCCGAUUCCGACAGCGGGGACGACGACAAGCACUAUUCUGGAGAUGACGGUCAUAGCGACUUCAUUGCUGAUGCAGACGAGGAUAUGACUAAGCGUUUGAGAAAGAAGAUGGGGAUCAUCAAUGACAGUAGUGAUGAGGCGGAGGAGAGCGACGACGGUGAAGUACUGUUCGGAAUAGAUCGGGAUGAUGCCUCGCUUCCUCUCCAGCACGAAGAUGAAGCGGAAUCGAACCAAAGAGCGAUCGAGAAGCUUUCGGGUGGAUGGCCGACAUCGAGCGGUCGUACCUAA